AUGACAGAUGCCGAGUCUAUUCUUGAGGACCACAAGAUGAGCGCUGGCAUAAAGAAGACACCAACAUCUGCCGUAAGCAUGGACGGCAACAUGGCUAAGCUGCUGUUAGCGCCUUGCCUCGUUGCUGAGCAGAAUCGGCUGUACACAAACCCGGUUGUCAACUCACCUUUUACUUGCUCAAUGUGCAUUGUCCAAUUUUCACAUCCAUCAACCCAAUGUCUGUGCAGUGGAUGUGAUCCUGCCAGUUGCCCUCCUCAAAUUACUACACCUCCCAAGGUCCCAAAGCUCAAGGCCAUGGAGAAGUCCAAACAUCUGUCAAAGGACCAGCAAAAAAUGGCAGUAACUGCCUUUGAGGAAGUUUGUGGCAGGAUCUAUGAUGCAGCACCCUCACUACUCACUGGCUUACUUCCAUCCGCUGCCUUUCUACUUGACAACACAAUCAAAAUUCUUGUCAAGCGUGUCACAAGCCUGCAAUGCUUAGCUGACUUGGCUGCGCUCACCACAUCCAACGGCUUAUUACAGCCUCAUCUCCAUCAUGUGUGGAAUACCAUUCAACAGCUCCGGACGAAACUGCCCCUGUCCUCUGCUCAACCUGUUGAAGUGGCUAGCAAGGACUGCAUGUUUAUCAUGGAUUGCCAUAUGGAACUGGCAACGACCAGGUGA